AUGGCACCAAAGCAGCCCGAAAAAAUUGAGAACCCUCCGGUGGCUUCUUCAUCCGAAGAAGAGUCUGGUUCCGAAUCUGGUUCUUCUUCUAGUGAAGAGUCUGACUCUUCUUCCGAUGAUGUUGUCGUGAGCAAGCAUUCUGGUUCGAAGACAACCACCACACCUACUCACGUGGAGACUCUGCCGGAGAGCUCGAAGGCGAAGGCGAAGCGUCCUUUGGAGGAAACAGAGGAAGGGAGUAAGAAGAAGAUGAAGACGAGUGAGGAUCUGAAAAGCGAUGAAAAGCCAAAGCAGAAUCUGUUUGCUAGGAUCUUCAGCGAAGAUGAUGAUGUCUUUUUGCUUCAUCGUAUCAUUGACUUCACUGCCAAGACUGGAAACCCUACUGAGAAUAUGGAUGCUUUCUACGAAUACGUGAAGAAAUCACUCAGUUUCGAUGCUUCUAAAGAUCAGCUAGUAACCAAAGUCCGGAACUUGAGGAGAAAGUUUGAUGAAAAGAUUCUCAAGUCUCUUGAAAAGGGAAUAACUGAAGAAGAACAGAUCGUGUUUCCAAAAGUUUUUGACCAGACUUGCUUCGAUUUGUCCAGAAAGAUUUGGGGGACUGAUGGUAUCUUGCCUUGUAAGUCUAAGAAGGUGCGUCAAGAACAGCUUGAAGGAAGAAUCAAGGAUGAAGAAAACGAAAAGCCACAGAGACAUGUCAUAACCCCUUCCUUAUCUUCUGCUCUAGAGAUCUUCUCUCUCUACAAGUCUGUGAAUCCUAAUUCUUUUUUAGAUGAAGUCGCUUGGAUUGCUUGUUGGGAUAAGGUCAAAGAUGGACCAAAGAAGCUAGUGUUGGAGGAAAAAAUGAAGAAAAUAAAGUCCGUGGAUGAGGAGCUUUGUCUUAUGAAGAUCGACGUACUAGCGGACGCAUCUAAAACGAUGUUCAAACAAGAUGGUGGAUCUACUUCUGGUAAGUAGAUGAAAAAGCGGGUGGUUUGUUGGUGGAACGUUUUUUACCCCUUUUUAGUUUGCAUUUUGCGGCUUUUAGUUUCUUGGUAACAUUGUGAACUUGUUCGUUUUGGCGUUUAAGACUUUAGUCUUGCUAUGUUCUAUUUUGUUUUUUUUCAGUCGGAUGUUGUGUGUUUGCUCCUUCUGUUGGAUACUUGACUGGGUAUUAUAAGACCCCUUUGUCUUCCUUUUUUGUGAACUGAUAUUUUAUGUUUUUGAUAUCUUGGAAUGGCCUUUAAACACUCGAUUCAGUAGAGUAGUUUCUGUUCUAAACAUAUUGAGAUAUAACUU